UGGUUUAGCAGGUCAGAACUCAAAGAUACAAAAGCACCUUAAAACAGAUUAAAAGCCCAUGCGCGGGUUUUGCUUCAGGGCGUUUCGUUCCCGCGCACUCCUGCUCUGCCCGGUGCUUUCAUUGACAGAUUAACGUUACAUGAUACCUUUAUAUGUCUUCUGUCCACCUUCAACUAAUCAGCUUUAUGAAUCUGUUUCAAUCUCAAAUUAGCAGAAAGUGUCAAAGGUCUGACUGGAGACAAGAUGAAGAUGGUGACAUUCUUCGUUGUGGGACUCAUUGUGCAUGUAGUCUUCUUUCUCUGCAUAUUUGACAUUUAUUUCACAUCUCCUCUUGUCCAUGGAAUGACUCCUCAGCGGGUCUCUCUGCCCCCUCCGGCCAAGCGCCUGGUGCUGUUUGUGGCAGAUGGUUUGAGGGCCGACAGCCUCUUUAAGCCAGACGACAGUGGGACAUCCAGGGCUCCUUACCUAAGGAGUGUGAUUGAAGAGGGCGGCACAUGGGGAGUUUCACACACACGGGUCCCUACUGAAUCACGCCCAGGACAUGUCGCUCUAAUAGCAGGCUUUUAUGAGGACGUUAGUGCUGUUGCCAAGGGCUGGAAGGAGAAUCCAGUGGAGUUUGAUUCUGUCUUUAAUGAGAGCAGAUAUACCUGGUGUUGGGGAAGCCCUGAUAUAUUGCCAAUGUUUGCUAAAGGUGCCACUGGAGACCAUGUCUACACUCACACUUACCCUCCAGAGCGAGAGGACUUCGCCUCCACUGAUGCUUCCAGACUCGACACAUGGGUGUUUGAUGAAGUGAAGGAUUUUCUCACUGCUGCCAAAAGCAAUGAAACUUUACUAAAGAAGUUACAUGAAGAACAAAACGUGUUUUUCCUUCAUCUACUGGGGAUUGACACCAAUGGUCAUGCCCACCGGCCCAUGUCAAAGGAAUGUCUAGAGAACAUUGGUCUGGUUGAUGCUGGUGUCGCUGACAUUGUCACUGUGAUGGAUGACUUUUAUGGCCAUGAUGGAAAAACGGCUUAUGUUUUUACUUCUGACCAUGGCAUGACAAAUUGGGGAUCUCACGGUGCAGGACAUCCCUCGGAGACUCUGACCCCGCUGGUAGUGUGGGGCGCUGGGGUUCAGAAGGCACAAUGGGAGACCUCUCAGAAAUAUGAGGAUAAUUAUUUAAAAGAAUGGGGGUUAGAGAGCUACAGGAGAGUGGACGUCAAUCAGGCUGAUAUUGCCCCACUAAUGUCAUCUCUUAUAGGCAUUCCCUUUCCUUUGAACUCUGUGGGGGUUUUACCGCUGAGUUACCUGAAUAACAGCCAGCACUUUAAGGCUGAGAGCAUGUAUGCAAAUGCUAUUCAGAUCUUGGAGCAGUUCAGGGUAAAAUUGGCACAGAAGAAAGAAACAACGAUAUCGUUUUUGUUCACACCAUACCAGCCCCUUACUGACUCUAAACAAGUGGAUUUCAUUCGUCAGGCAAGAGAUUUGAUCCAAAAAGGACGUUUUGACGAAGCAAUUGUCUAUUGUAAAGAUCUGAUCGCUCAGGCAAUGGAGGGCUUGUCAUAUUAUCACACAUAUGAUCGUCUGUUUCUUGGAAGCAGUGUGGUCCUGGGUUUUAUUGGUUGGACCUCAUAUGUGGUUUUAUACAUCCUGAAAACUCAUGCUAGCCUACGCAAACCUCCAACUAACACGUCCAUGGUGACUGAAAGGCUUCUGGGAUGGGGAUUUCUGUGCGUUGGUUUGCUGAUGGCUUUGUUCUUGUUGGUUCAGUCCAGUCCUUGGUCGUACUACAUCUACAGUUUAAUGCCUGUGGCGGUGUGGUAUGCUGUAUUGAAAGAGUUUAAAACUCUUGUUGGUCUGGUUCGCUCGAUUCCGUCAUUACCACUCACCAAAUGCUUCGGAUAUUUUGUACUGGUUGCAUUUGGAAUAGAGUUACUAGUCAUGAGUUUUUUUUAUCGGGCCAUGUUGUCCUUGGGCCUUGUGGUGUUGGCACUAUGGCCUGUGGUUUCUGGCUUCUAUACAAAAGCCAAGUUCAAGUCUCUGAGCUGGACGCUGAGUUGUCUCUCACUGGCUGUGUUUCCCCUGUUGCCUGUUGUGGGACGGGAACCCAACAUAAACUAUGUGAUUAGUGCUGGAGGGUUGAUCCUCUUUAACUCGUCCUCAUUCCUCUGGUCUUCAUGGAGAGACUCUCCUCUGAUGCGAAGGGAUCGUCAGCUCUUCAUUUUCCAGAUGGUGCAGGUGGCGCUGUGUGCUUAUACUCUGACCAGCACCCACUCUAGUCUGCAGCUGAAGCAAGGCCUGCCGAUCUUCAACCAGCUAGUUAGCUGGAGCACACUAGUUUCCUCCUUUUUGAUACCAUUGUUGAGUUCCACCAGACUCUUUCACAGACUUCUGAGUAUCCUGAUGUCAUUGACGUGUGUCUACCUUCUCCUGAGUACAGGGCAUGAGGCUCUUUUUCCUCUGAUGCUGUCGUGGCUUAUGCUUGCAUGGAUUCACAUUGAGCAGGAAGCCAUGUCCAGACAAGGAAGUUCAAAUCGAAAUGAGCUCUCCUGCAUUGAUUUUGCCGAAAAUAUCGACAUCACCAAAGUCCGUCAGCUGAGAUUGGACGACAUUCGGAAAUCUUACUUUUUUGUGUUUUUCAUAAUAAUUGCAUUCUUCGGCUGUGGAAAUAUUGCAUCUAUCAACAGUUUUGAUCCAGCGUCAGUGUAUUGCUUUCUGACCGUCUUCAAUCCUUUCAUCAUGGGUGGUCUGCUGAUGUGGAAGGUUUUAAUCCCAUUUGUAAUUGUGAUGUGCACAUUCGAAAGCAUUCAAGUGUCAACGCAGCUCUCCUCACGAAGUCUUUUCCUCAUCGUACUUGUCAUAUCAGACUUGAUGGCAUUGCACUUCUUCUUCUUAGUUAAAGAUUAUGGAAGCUGGCUUGACAUAGGGACUAGCAUCAGUCAUUAUGUCAUCGUAAUGUCCAUGACCAUCUUCCUCAUGUUGCUGAGUGUCAUGACGCACAUAUUAACAUCCAAGAAGAUCCUCCUUGGACGGAGCCGAAAGAUGCACUUUAGGUGACCCCCUCGUACCUGGAUCUCCCCGUCUCAUUGUUUACAAGGUGCAAAAAAAAAAAUCAUUGAACAUUGAACUGCACAAUGAUCUGACUGGUGUGGGGUCUUCCUGUUACUGGGAAUUUCUUAACAUCAGUAUUGCUUAAGACAAAUGACUUUGCAUCAUCCUGUCUUAAAAGCAAGAAACGCUCUGGUGUACUAAUGUUUAGGAUUUAUGUUUUUAAAUGUCAGUGGGAAUUUUUACAAUAAUUUAAAUGUACUGUAUGGUUUAUGCCAAAGGACAGGAAAGGAAUGUUACUGUACGGAUGUGUCAACUGAUAUUAACUUGGAUCUAAUCCUUGUAAGGUAUAACAGUAAAUGUGUUAUUUGUUUAAUACAGUAUUUUAUUAAUGUGAUGUAAAUAUGUUAAAUAAUUUAUUAACAUUAAACUUAUAAAUUAAA